CCUUAGCCCGCGCGCUCGCAGCUUCUCGCUCUCUGCGCCCGCCCUCCCGCUCCCUUGCUUGCUCGCGCUUUCCUCGCGGAUCGAAGAGACUCUGGCUACAGCUUGUGGCUGGAAGGGAGACUGAGGCCGCAGCUCAGGGAAAGUGAAGCUGCAGUAGUGGUGGUAGGAAGAUGUCGGGCGAAGACGAGCAGCAGGAGCAAACUAUCGCCGAGGACCUGGUCGUGACCAAGUAUAAGAUGGGGGGCGACAUCGCCAACCGGGUACUUCGCUCUUUGGUGGAAGCUUCCAGCUCAGGUGUGUCGGUGCUGAGCCUGUGUGAGAAAGGUGAUGCCAUGAUAAUGGAAGAGACAGGGAAAAUCUUCAAGAAGGAAAAGGAAAUGAAGAAAGGUAUUGCCUUUCCUACCAGCAUUUCCGUAAAUAACUGUGUAUGUCACUUCUCCCCUUUGAAGAGUGACCAGGACUAUAUACUCAAGGAAGGUGACUUGGUAAAAAUUGACCUUGGAGUCCAUGUGGAUGGCUUCAUUGCUAAUGUGGCUCACACUUUUGUCAUUGGUGUGGCUCAGGGGACCCAGGUAACAGGCCGGAAAGCAGAUGUCAUUAAGGCAGCUCAUCUUUGUGCUGAAGCUGCCUUACGACUGGUCAAACCCGGAAACCAGAACACACAAGUGACAGAAGCCUGGAACAAAGUUGCUCACUCAUUUAAUUGCACACCAAUAGAAGGUAUGCUUUCUCACCAGUUGAAGCAGCAUGUGAUUGACGGAGAGAAAACGAUUAUCCAGAAUCCUACAGACCAGCAGAAGAAGGACCAUGAGAAGGCUGAGUUUGAAGUACAUGAAGUUUAUGCUGUGGAUGUCCUCGUCAGCUCAGGAGAAGGCAAGGCCAAAGAUGCAGGACAGAGAACCACCAUUUACAAACGAGACCCCUCUAAACAAUACGGCCUGAAAAUGAAAACUUCACGUGCCUUUUUCAGUGAGGUGGAAAGGCGUUUUGAUGCCAUGCCAUUUACUUUAAGAGCGUUUGAAGACGAGAAGAAGGCUCGAAUGGGUGUAGUAGAGUGUGCCAAACAUGAGCUGCUGCAGCCGUUUAAUGUUCUCUAUGAGAAGGAGGGUGAAUUUGUUGCCCAGUUUAAAUUUACAGUCCUACUUAUGCCCAAUGGCCCCAUGCGGAUAACCAGUGGUCCCUUUGAGCCCGACCUCUACAAGUCUGAGAUGGAAGUCCAGGACGCAGAGCUAAAGGCUCUUCUCCAGAGUUCUGCAAGUCGAAAAACCCAGAAAAAGAAGAAAAAGAAGGCCUCCAAGACUGCAGAGAAUGCCACCAGUGGAGAGACUUUAGAAGAGAAUGAAGCUGGGGACUGAGGUGGGUCCCUGCUGCAGCUUGUCAUUCCUGCCUCAUCCCCUCCCACUCCCCAGGCUCUGAAGUGCAGUUGUCUUCUCCACCAAGACCACCAGCAGAGCGAGCGGGUCUUCUCCCUCACCCCAGUUCCCAUACCCACUCACCCAUCCACUCUUCCCAACAAAAAACCAGCUCCAGUUGACUCUGGUCUUGGGAGGCCAGGCUUCCUGGCUGGCCACUGAAGACUACUUUCAGUAGAAAAAGAAAUUGAAUAAUAAAAUCAGGAGUCAAAACCCAUCGUCUUCAAGCCCCUCUUUCUGGCCUUUUCUACUCUGCUUGGUCAAGGUUUGUGGCCUACAACAGAACAAAGGAGGCUAAGUUAGCCGCCACCACUAAAACCUCAGCUGAAAUUUUUUAUGUCACUGAUGUCAUUUUCUCCUUUUGGGGGCUUUUCUGUUUCCCACUGUCACUGAGUAUUUAAUCUGCCUUCAAGGUGGAGGACUGGUUGUAUUUUUUAUUCACCUGUGGCAGAUCCCUCAUGAUAAAGGGUAUCUUGUUAGACCCUUCCCAUUUUAGAUGCUGAAGUUUCUUAUCUCUCUUUAGUCAUUUUUGUUUUACAGAGUCCCUACAUCUACCCGUUUAUUUUUCACCGUUGUAAAGCAGUCAGAGUCCCCACCAUGUUGUUGGUUUUGUCCCCCCACACCCAACCAGUGGGUUUUCUUUCCUCAGGAUCCACCUUAGAACCUUUAUUGAAAAUCCCACUGGGAGUUUUUUGUUCCGGAUUUGAUUUUUUUUUUCUUCCCUUUUUUGGUUUGAGACAGAGUCUCACUAUGUAGCUCUGGCUGUCCUGGAACUCUCACUAUGUAGACCAGGCUGGCCUUGAACUCAAGAUCCACCUGCCUCUGCUUCCUGAGCACUGGAACCAAAGGCGUGCGCCACCACGCCCAGCUUCCUGUUUGAAAUAUUUUGAGUUCCCUUCCAAGAAAGAAAAACCAGGAACCAGAGGAGUAGACUGAAAAGAACUGACUUUCAGACUGUGGACUUGGAUGACUCCUGGGGUUUUGUAGAGAAAGGAUAAAAUUUGUACCUCUGGCAUGCUGUUCCAGGGAACCAAGGCUUCCACUAACUUAAGCGGUUUUUGAAUUGACAUGGCAUUAAAAUAAAUUUGGAUUUGCUCAUAA